AUGCCGUGCACCUGCGCGCCCGCCUCCGGCCUACUUUCGCCUCUCCCAUUCCCUCCGGAAAUCAAAAAUCGAAUCCUCCACUUCCUUCUCACUACCACCACCUGCAAUAGCCAUUUCAUCGAUCUCCUUUGCCUCGAAAAGGCCGUGUACGCCUUCCACGCCAAGGAACUCUAUCGCCAAGUGACUCUGGACGGUGACAGCGUCGCGGCCUUAUGGAAGGGCUGCGACUUUGAUGUCGACCAAGACCAGCUGCCCGACGAGUCUGUGCUGGAGCUUUAUUCUGACGAGAAGCAAAACCCAACCUCUCGAAUCCCCUUCUCGUACCCCUCGGCCGUCCGAAAGCUCUUGCUUAUCAGACACUGUUUGUCUCUGCACCUUCGCACCGGCGAUGCCGCAGACUGUUCUCCUGGCUCAGUCCCGGAAAGCCUCUUGCCCAUCAUGGAAAGGCUUCAUGUCAGUGCACCACUAUUCUGUGGCGUGCAGAACCUUAUCAUCGGGGAGGAGUACUUGGCGUACAUCUCAGGGGCGCUGGAGGCAGGUAUGGACUUCGUGAGACCCCUCGGAUUCAUUUCCGAAAUCAUCCCCCGAACUCUCUCUUCUGUCUGCAUCUACUGGCCGGACGAAGCCCACGAAGGGCUCGGAGAAGAGCUGAACGAUCUUCUGUGGUCCAAAACCCUCGUAUGCAAGAAGCUCGUCAUUCACAAUGCCGACCCCGACCAACUUCCUCCCAUCUUCGACAUCCAAGAGCUUGUCCUCGACCUCACUCCUGAGGCAUACAUCAAGGGAAUGGAUGAGCGCCGCUUGGGCCACAAGAAGAUACAUACCUGCUACAGGUGGCUGACAACCUUGGUUGAAGAGCUGUUGUCGUCGGCAGACAAUGGACACGCAAUCCGUUCCCUUCCUGACCUUACGUUUGCGAAUCUUUACACAUGGAAGUCUAGCACUCCCAACUCCGUCUUACGCUACAACACCGACGUCGAAUUGGGUGGUGACGGUUGGUCCGACGACACUGGGACUGUCGUCUACGACGCUGCUUGUGGGUUUAGCGCUGAAGAGCAGAGGGUGCUUGAAGAUUUCUUCCCCCGCGAUAUGGGCCCGCGAUACUGUCAUUGCUGUGCUCCUUUUGUGCCACAGGGUGCUGUUGACCUCUGGCACUAUGUAGGUGCCAAGAAUAAGAAGGGGGAAGUAUACGACAGAGUGUCGAAGGAGGACGUAUACGACAGGAUCUUCAGGGACUUUGGGCUCUGA